CAUGAAACAUAGGUUUGUGUCCUUUUCCGGCAGAACUCAGCUAUGGGUAUAUCACGGGAUCAUUGGCACAAACGCAGGAAGACUGGCGGCAAACGAAAGCCUCUGAGGAAGAAGAGGAAGUUCGAGUUGGGCCGACCCUCAGCCAACACUAAGAUUGGUCCCAAACGCGUGCAUUUGGUCCGCACCAGAGGUGGUAACAGCAAGUUCCGGGCUCUACGUCUAGAUCACGGCAACUUUGCCUGGGCUUCAGAGCGCACCACUCGUAAGACCCGUAUCAUUGACGUGGUCUAUAACGCCAGUAACAAUGAAUUGGUCCGAACCAAGACUUUGGUGAAGAACUGCAUUGUUCUG